AAGCAGACAAGAUGAUGGUGGUCUUUGUAAACGUCUUCCUGCUCUGGUCUUUGUGUGUGGCAGAGUCCAGUGAAAUCUCUCAACCUGUUUCUGUAGAAACACUGAAGCUUGGCGACUCAGCAACUAUUAGAUGCUACAUAAAGAGUAUAUUGACAAUAAGAGUGUGGUACAAGCUGACUAUGGGGAGAAAACUGCAGCUUGUCGCAACAAUGGAGCCUAACUAUAAUCGAAGUGUACUUGCUGAUGAAUUUCAACAGCGUUUUUCAGUCAAAUAUGACAACAUCAAAAGUCAUCUGAGCAUAUCUACAACAUCAUGGGAUGAUGUUGGAACGUACUUCUGUGGAGUGAUGCACUUAAACGACGUUCGGUUUGGGUCAGGAACAUUUUUGAUGCUGAAAGGUGUGAAGAUGAUCAGUGACUCUGUUGUCCAGCAGCCAGAGUCUGAAUCAGUCCAGUCAGGAGACUCUGUGACUCUCAGCUCUUCUGUUCGAUCUGAUCACUGCUCAGCAGAAAAUACUGAUGUUGUAUGGCUGAAAAACUCUGAAAAAUCUGCUCCAGAAAUGAUUUACUCCUCUGAAGAUCAGAACAGGUCCUGUCAGAGGACUGAGAGCGGACAGACCACCUGUGUGUCCAACCUCCUCAUGAAGGAUGUCCACUCUGAAGAUGCUGGGACCUACUACUGUGUUGUGACUUCAUGUGGACGGAUACUGUUUGGAAAUGGGACCACCAUUAUUAACAGUGAUACACGCUUCAGUCUCAUUCUUCAUGUAAAUCAAAACGUUUUGGUGGUCAUCAUCAUCAUCAUCACCCUGAGUGUUUAUCUGACUUUUUUAAUGUGCAUCAUCAGCCAGAAGAACUGCAGCCACUGUAGAGCACUUUCAGUUCUUUCCACAACCAGCACAGAGGUCCAAGAUGAAAAAUAUCUUAAAAAGAGAGAUGACACCUGGAGCGAAUGUGUGUACGUCAACGCAAAGCAGCGCAAAUAA